ACCAGCGCCGGAAAACAGAACGCCACUGGAGGCGCAACAGGGAGCUAAGAGCACUUCCGUUUUUUCCUAAAACAGUCGUGCGGUUCUACAAUUACCAGGAUGUUGCCCGCUAAUGUGGUAUCUUUCGUUAAAAAGAUGGUGACGACGCAACCAGAUUCCGGAACAACCGGAUCGGUUACGCCGGAUGAUGGCGGCACCACCUUCAGCAAAUGGAGGCAAUUGGGAAGUGGUGUGAUACGGGACGUUACGAAAUUCGGUCCUGCAAAGGUCACCCCCGCUGAGGAAACACAACCUAAGGAAGAAACAACAACAGAAGCAACGAAAACAAAGUCGAAAACCGGGGACGAUUGCAGAGUAUGCCGGAAAUCUUUCGCUCCCGACGAAACCUCGAGGACCUGCUGCGAGUGUCAACACAAAGUUUGCGAGGAUUGCGCUUGCUAUUCGACGACAACGAACUCCGAUGAUCCGUCGUCAUGGCGUUGUAGCGUGUGUCGACGAAAAAUCGCGUCACGGGACCAGCCAAUCGUUACACAGGAAUCGACGGAUUCCCUAUUGGAGGUUCCAGUAUUGGAAGCACUUCAGAGGAGACACAGCGAUGCCAGGUUGAGCUGUCAACGCGGAAGUCAAAUUGGUGGUCUCGGUUCCGGUUUGGCUCCUCCAAGAAGCCCAGAACUGAGGAGACAUUCGGAUGUGUCUCCUGCAAGUUUGAAGGAACUCGAGAAGUUUCGAAAGGUUGCAGGGGAACGCCGGGAUGAUCUCAGAUGGGAGAGGGACCUUGAUCGCAACAGAUCCAGGGCAACUUCACCGGAUCGACAUCAGGUGGACAGAGGAAGGGCUGCGAGUCCACAGAGGGUUGGAGUCGAAUCUUCCUCAGAACCACCAGAGUCAAUGGCCAUCGACGUGGACGAGGACGAAGAACGUCGAAGACGAGCUCGUCGAAGUAGCACGGUUCGUUGCAAGUCUCGCAUGACCAGGCAAAGGUCGUACGACGACGAAAUGAAGAACGUGGCUGCGAUGUCCGGAAGCGGAGGGCAACACGCUCAUCCUGAGCCUGGUCUAGGACUUCCGGUGCAGCUACCAAGACGAGCAUCAGCCUAUGACGUGUACGCCGCGCCAGGAGUUGGAGGACUUAAUGCCAUGGCCAUCGCGGCUGCCCAGCAAAGAGCAUCGAUCUCUGCCCAAGGUGGCAGGAAACCCGAGGAAAGACCAACAUCUCGAAGAUCAUCAUUUAGGGCAGUGAAGCCGGUGAUGCCAUACGAAGUCGGUGCUGAAGAUGAAAGUAUGAUGAACUUGGAAGCAUCCUCUGUGCCAGUGGUUCCACCAGCACAACCUGUAUUAGUUCCUGACGAGGAACGACGAACUAGGCGAAGAGGCUCUCAAUUACCGGACAUAAACGCCAUUAAGGCAUUGGCAUCUGCAGCUCCAGGGGCGGCUAAAGUUGUUCCCCCACCUGCUGUGAACAGGGUUGCAGCUGAAGAUCGUGAAUUAGCUCGUCAAGGAAGUCUCGUGGAUGGAGAAAGCAUUAAAAUCGUUAUUCAUCAUGCAGAUAACGACAUGACGCCAUGGGUGAACGCAAAAAGAAGACUGAAGCUUAGGAGAGAUCCAAACUUGGACAAAGGACACCGAACGGCUGGUUUUGGGCUAAGAGUGGUGGGUGGUAAAACAGGGGCUGAUGGACGUACUUUUGCAUACGUGAUGUGGACUGUACCAGAUGGGCCAGCAGCAAAAGCUGGCAUACAACGUGGCGACAAGGUGUUAGAAUGGGGCGGUGUGUCUUUGGUGGAUCGAAGUUUCGAGGAAGUGGCUCAGAUAACCGAGCGUGGCGAAGAUGUGGUCGAGUUGCUUGUCGAACAUGCUGCCGACACCGGGGAUUUGCCCGAGGAUCUAGGCUCUGUACCAUCAUCGGGGAAAGUGUCAGGGAAUAUGGGCCUAUUGAUGGAAGCGGAAACGGAUAAAACGCCCUCUUCACCGACUCGCAGGAAACUGCCAAAGACGCCGGAACAAAUUGCGAAGGAGAAGCAAGUGACUAGCCGAGUACAGAUUCAAGUAUCGUACGAAGCGGAUCGUAAAGAAUUGAUCGUUUCCGUCUUUAUGGCCGACGAUUUGUGCGCGAGGGAGGACACGGGAUAUGGUACUCUGCCGGAAGCUUAUGCCAAAUUGGUCCUUCUUCCCAUCUGCGCUAAUCAAACUACUUUGAAAACGGUGGUGGCCGAGCCAUCUCAAAAACCAAUUUGGAAUGCAACAUUGCUCUUCUCCGGGGUCGACGGGGAGAGUUUAACGGAACGAUCGAUCGAAGUGACUCUCUGGGAUUUCUGUCCCGACGGUGAUAACGUUUUUCUUGGUGAAUGCACCGUCGACGUGCAACGAGCUCUCGAAAACGACAGGGCAGUUUGGUAUCGACUGGAAGAUCCUCGCGGACUGCGAGCAAGCAAAUCACCAUAUUGUUCACCUCGCGGGUCUCUUUCCAUGGAGAUUGCCCAAAGAUUCUUACGGAAGACGGAACUACGCGAAAGAAGUUAUAGCGAUGAUACGCAAAGCGACAGCGGAAGUCCGGAACUCGGCUUUCUGCAUCCGGAUCACGCUUGGCAUGCAAAUUCAAGGAGAGGUUCCAGUCAAUCUGAACAGCUAGAAGUCGAACCGUAUGAACUCAACAGAGAUUACAGUAGAUCCUUGCCUGGUAGCCGACGAAGUAGCUUUCAGAGUCAGGGUGGUACCGAUAGCAAACGAGGAAGCAUGGGAGAAGCCGACAUGCCGGCCAUAGUGCAUUACAACCGAGAUCGUCGACGUAGCUCGUUUACUCGACCAAUGAGGGACCCAGAAGAGAUACUGGAGGGUCUACGAUCGUUGAAAGCGGCGAAAAGGGAACUAGGCAGGACGAUGAGUCUUUCUGGAGACAAAAGGCGCGAAAGCCGGCGGGGUGAGCGCAUAGACAGCGUCGUGAACAUUCCGGGGAAGUUUUAUGAUCGCAACAGUGAAUCCGACGAGGAUGACAAGUGGAGUCAGCAAACGAGAAAAGAAAAUGGUAUUGAUGGUUACCUGGGUCGCGGACAAGUGCAACCGAAGGGAAUAAAAAAUACAGCUGGAGCUCAAAAUGGCAAGGUCAAGCUUGGUUUCUGUCUAAGCAAAGGGACUCUCGAAGUAGAGGUUAUCUGCGCUAUAGACAUUUGUCCAGAGGAAAAAGAAGAACCAGACACCUACGUAAAGACGUAUCUACGGGACGGCGACAGGUGGCUUCAGAAACGUAAAACACGCGUAAUCCGGCACUCGAGAAAUCCGCAGUACCGUCAAACCAUCAAGUACAGCAGCUGCGACGUUCUUGGAAGGAAUUUGUUGGUGAUGUUAUGGGAGAAGAAACAAGCAUUCGAGAGUAAUCAAGGCUUAGGCGGUGCAGAAGUGGACCUCGAUCUUCUUCCAUUGACACGAUUGACCGUCAGUUGGUAUCCGUUGUUUCCUAUUCACACUCUUGGCACUCAUACUGCUGAUUCUCCUUGAUGGUUGAGGGAAAAAUGGGCCCUCGAGGCCGGAGAACUCGACCUCAGAUUGAGCCUUCUGCUCAAGGACGAGGAAGAGUCCGUCGUCAAAAUCAUCUCUUGAUGGAACAUCGAUUAUCGUUCCUUCAAACUACGUUCUUUUUUGUUCUGCUUUCCUCGUUCGAAUCAAUUUUCAUUAUUCUAUGAUUAUUUUUGUUCAUUCAUUGCAACGAAUUUUAACCCUUUGCUCUUCGUGUGUUGGUAUGGACUUGAGAACUUUUGAGUAUAUUACAGGACUAAUAUUAACAGCUUGACAUAGUAUUUGGUUUCCUUAUUUAGAAAUUUGAAUUAUGGUACUCAGAGAUAUUGAUUUAACCUCUUUAAGGAUGGUCUUGGUAGGUUCAAUCGUGUGUACAUCACAUAUGUAGACAAUCACAUAUGCAGACAUAUGUAGACAAUUUUACAUUCAUGAAGGAUCACAUAUGUGGACAAUUAAUUUGUUCUUAAAUUCAUUAAUUGAUCACCAUAUUUGUAGACAUUUAGUUUUGUGUUCGAAUUCUUCAAAUAAAGAUCACAUAUGUGGACAUUUAGUUUUAUAUCUGAAUCCGUCAACUAAAGAUCACAUAUGUGGAUAUGUAGUUUUGUAGCUGAAUUCAUGAACCAAAGAUCAUAUAUGUGAGCAAUUAAUUUGCUUUCAAAUUCAUGA